CUCUUCCCUCUUACUGACUGCUUCUGAGACUUCAAAAAAAUUGAAAUUCUUUGCUUUAUAUGGAGUAAAAAAAUUUGAAAGAGAGCAGUAUUUUUUAGUUUUGCUUAACAAAGAUUGAAAAUUGAUGGGUAGGUAGCAAUUGGCAUAACCCAAUUAAAAAAAAAAAAACAAAUCUUUGUUCCUUUGGAUAGCUUUUACAGUGACAGAAAUCAAAUCCGGAAGCUCCAGUAAAUGGAGUACAUCGAUUGUAUACGGUGACAGAAAAUAGCAAGGCUACCAGGGACAUUGUCAGACACAUAGAAACAAUGCAAACUGCCAAUGAACAAGAAGCGAAACAUAAUUCUACUCAGAAUCCUGUUGAAUCCUUAAAUGAAGGAAAUGUUACUUCUUGUUCUGGUGAUGAUGAAAUCAAUGCCCAAAUUUGGGAGCCUCCUGAAGCAGAGGACCCAGAAGAUGACUUGGAGGAUAGCGUGGCUUGCAAUGACGAUGAUGAUGAUGAAUUUGGUGAUGGCAUGAAAUGGUGCAAGCCUAGUUCUUUUAGUUGCUGCAGGGAUGAAGGCAAUAGGAGCUACACGUUCAAACAAGAAAAACAAAAAGCUAUGGAGGAGGUUGCAAAUGGGAAAUUUAAGGUCAUUGUGAGUCAACUGCUUAAAACUGCAAGUGUUGCCAAUAUGUUGAAUGAUUGUGAAAGUUGGGUGGAUAUAGUUAGCGUUUUAUCUUGGGAAGCUGCUUCAUUUUUUAAGCCUGAUGCUGUUGAUGGGAAAGGAAUGGAUGUAGAUGGCUAUGUCAAAGUGAAAUGCAUUGCAACAGGCUCAAAUAAUGAAAGUCAAGUAGUCAAGGGCUUAGUCUUCAAAAAGCGUGCUGCUCACAAGCACAUGCCAACUAAUUACAAAAAUCCAAGGUUGUUGCUGAUCCAGGGCGAGCUUGGUCAGUCUUCAAGUGAGUUAUCAUCAUUUAAUUCAAUGGAUCAGGAAAAGGAUAAUCUGAAAUCGCUUAUGGAUAUGAUAGAAAUGUGCCAUCCAAAUGUGGUUUUAGUAGAAAAGUCCGUCUCUCGUGAUGUCCAAGAGUCCAUCCUUGCAAAAGGUAUCACAUUGGUAUAUGAUAUGAAGCUCCAUCGCUUGGAAAGAGUUGCUCGCUGUACUGGCUCACCAAUUUUAUCAUCUGAUACAUUGGUGGGGCAAACAUUAAAGCAAUGCGACUCCUUUCAUAUUGAAAAAUUCCUGGAGGAUCAUGCUGGGUUAGGUGAACGGGGAAAGAAAUCGAGUAAGACAUUGAUGUUCAUUGAGGGCUGUCCUACACGCCUGGGUAGCACAAUUUUGUUGAAAGGAAGUCAUAGUGAUGAAUUAAAGAGGAUAAAAUAUGUGGUACAGAUUGCAGUUAUCGUGGCGUAUCAUUUGAUUCUUGAGACUUCAUUUCUUGUUGAUAGGAAAAUGAUGUUCUCAACAGUUAUGUUACAUGGGGCAAGGGAUCACAACUUAUCUGUUUUAGGAACUGAAGAUUCUAGCAUUCCUUCCAUUGAGGAGUCUAGUGCUGAAACUGGUACUGUUGAAGUUCCCAUUUCUAAUAGACUCAAUGAAGAAGGGUCCCACAAUUUAAACAUGGGAUUAGAAGACAAUUCUAUGUCUUAUUUACCAUACAAUCCUGUCAUUUUUUCAGGGUUCUCUUCUCUUUCAGCUUCUCUUAAGAAAGUUAUAGGAGAUGGUUUACCUCUUGCCUCCAGUCUUCCAUAUCAGUCCAUGGUUGAUUACUUUGGUUUCAAUGGACAAGAAGCUAAUGAAAAAAACACAGAACAGGUUCCAGUUUUGGAAACAUUGGAGGCUUCUAAUGAAGAUAACUUACUCGAUGGUGGACAAUCUCAGUCUUUGAGUUGCUCUAAACCUGUUGACAGAGGAAAUGACGUUGAUAAUAAAGUUCAAGUUCAGAAUAAGGAUGGAGUCGAUGCGGUGUUGGAUUCUCAGAGCAUUUUGGUUUUGGUGUCAAGCCAGAAUGCCUUAAGUGGGACUAUAUGUGAGCAAAGCCAUUUUUCUCAUAUCAUGUUCUACAGGAAUUUUGAUGUUCCUCUUGGAAAGUUUCUUCGGAAUAAUUUGCUCAAUCAGAGACGCCAGUGCACCACUUGCGGGGAAUUGCCAGAAGCUCACUUGUACUAUUAUGCACAUCAUAAUAAGCAGCUUACAAUACAAGUUAAAUGGCUUCUGAAUCCUUUGCCUGGGGAAGCAGAAGGAAAACUUUGGAUGUGGAGUCGCUGUGUUAAAUGUAAACAUCAGAACGGGGACCGAAAAUGUACAAAAAGAGUCUUAAUUUCCAAUGCUGCACGUUUUCUGUCUUUUGGAAAAUUCUUGGAGCUGACCUUUUCUCAGCACUCUUCAUUUGGUAGAUGGUCUUGCUGUGGCCAUUCUCUGGAGAGGGACUUCCUCUACUUCUUUGGAUUAGGCACACUGGCAGCAAUGUUCAAAUACUCACCAGUUGCAACUUACACUGUGUCUCUGCCACCUAAGAAGCUAGAGUUCAGCCAUUCAAUUGUAUAUGAUGGGCUCAAGCGAGAAUUUGACAAUGUGCAUUUGAAAGGGAAAUCACUUUUCAGUGGGAUUGAGGACAUUUUGAAGGAAUUCAAAUCUCAGUUUGAAGGCUCUAAUCUGAACCUUCAAAGGCCAUUAGAAGAAUAUUCUGAUAUUGAAGACAUGUUGAAGCAGGAAAGUUCCGAGUUUGAGGCAAGCAUUGACAAUGGUGGGAAUACAGACAAGGCUAAUUAUAAGUUUCUUUGCUUAAACCAUUUAUUAUGGGAACUUCUUCUUGAAUCAUGCAUUUGGGAAAGGCGGCUGAAUUCACUGCUCUUACCUGAUCGUUCUUUGGGCUGCACUGGUAUUAUUGAGAAACCAGCAAACAACCAAGUGAAAUCAAAUAUGAAUGGCACCACUAAUGGAAGAAAUGAAGGGACUGAAACUGUUUCGGAAAGUAGUAAUGUCUAUUUGAAAGAUAUUGUGGGUAACCCAUUUGACGCAAAUGAUUGUUCAGUAGAAGAAAUUGCAGUUGAUGGUGCUCUUCAACAAUCUAGAGUACAAGAUCAUCUGGAUAGAUCAUCUCCUUUUGCUGAAGAUGUUGAAGUGUUGAAUGUGGAUGGUUUAAGCAUGAACAGAUCACCCAGCCCUGCGUUAUUUGUGAAACCUAAGAGUUUUGUUGAUUCAGAUGCAUCUAGACAGAGGAACUCUCUGCAUUCAGUUUUUUCCAGACUAGAAAACUCUAUUGAAUGGUUCUGGAUGCCAUUUUCAGAUAUACGUCAGAUAUACAUGGAGGACCUUGAGAGAGGUUUCAUGCCCAAAUUUCAGUCAAGCAGUAGCUAUAUACAGGAACGCUUAUCUGCUGCCCAUCAACUAAUCAAUGAGGAAGAAUCGAGGCUGCAUAUCCCUCUUGGAACUGAUAAUUAUAUUGUAAGAGACUAUGAUGGUGAACUCUCUAGUAUAAUUGCUUGUGCUCUAGCAGUUAUGAAAGAUAUACCUGUUACAUCAGAGUUUUUUAGUGACAAUAGUUGUAAGGAAGGCAGCGCAUCUGCUGAUUCAACUGAUAGGUUACAAAUUUUGACUGGAAUUUCCACCAAAAUUUCCUCAUAUUGGUCUUCAAAUGGAUCUCCUGAUUCCGAUUCAUUACAUUCUACAUCAAGUGUUUCUCCAGAAGAGUCACGCUUCUCAAGCUUUGAUGGGUUCAAUUUGUUGGAGUCUCUCAUUCUUCCUGAGAACAUUAGCCCUGAAGUCUCUCUUGGGUUUACAGAAUCUUUUGGAAAGUGUAAAUAUUCAGUAAUUUGUUUAUAUGCAAAAUUGUUCCGUAAUCUUCGGAGUUUGUGCUGCGUAUCUGAGGUAGAUUAUAUUGCUUCUCUUAGCCGUUGUAGGAACUGGGAUGCUAAAGGUGGAAAGAGCAAAUCCCUUUUCUUUAAAACACUUGAUGACAGGUUCAUUAUAAAGGAAAUCAAGAAGACAGAAUUUGAGUCAUUCAUUAAGUUUGCUCCUCAUUAUUUCAAGUACAUGAACGAGUCAUUUGAGUUGGGGAACCAAACUUGUCUAGCUAAGGUGCUUGGGAUUUAUCAGGUGAUCAUUAGACAGGCAAAAACUGGGAAGGAGAUGAGGCAUGAUCUAAUGGUUAUGGAGAAUCUUUCCUUUGGUCGAAAUAUUAUUCGUCAAUAUGAUCUUAAAGGCGCUCUACAUGCUCGAUACAAUUUAGCUGGUGAUGGUUCAGGAGAUGUUCUAUUAGAUCAAAACUUCGUCGACGAUAUGAAUUCCUCCCCGCUAUAUGUUAGUAACAAAGCAAAGCAUCUGCUGGAACGUGCUGUUUGGAACGAUACGGCAUUCCUUAAUUCGAUCAACGUAAUGGAUUAUUCUUUACUCGUUGGGGUAGAUACCUGGCGACAAGAACUUGUAUGUGGAAUAAUUGAUUAUCUUACAGAGUAUACCUGGGACAAGCAACUGGAAACAUGGGUCAAGUCUUCCCUUGUUCCUAAGAAUGUGUUGCCUACUGUCAUUUCUCCAAAGGAAUACAAGAAAAGGUUCAGAAAGUUUAUGUCUACACAUUUCUUGAGCGUCCCAGAUAACUGGUGCUCGAGGGAAUCCUCCGAUCGUUGUCGACUUUGUGGCAUCGGAGAGAAUGGUUCUCAAGCAAAGUCUCAAAAGCAAGGAAGAUUAAAUGGUUUUUCUAAUUAGUUAAAUCUUCAUAAGAGCAUGCAGCUAUGGAUAAUAGCCUCCUUGAUCUCUUCAGUUUUGUACCUUACAGGCAGAAACAAAUAUAUGCUAAGAAGAAAAAAUUUUCCCUCUCCAAAUAGAUAAUAAUUUUCGUUUAUACCACGCCGCUUCUUCACCCGUUUAUACAAAUGGAAGUAACCCGUUUAGGAUCCAAAGCGUUGAGCAUUUCAGACUUUCUUCUCUGAUAAAAUAUCCCUUCUAUUCUUCAAAACUUCAGUUCUUUGGCUUACAUGCAAAAGAGACAUCUUGAGAAUUUAAGUGGGAAAAAGCAUACACAUUUCUCCAAUUCAGAGCUAAUGUCAGAAGUUGCAACUUGCUUAGGCAAAAAAGGUUAGUGGGAGUUUAAUUCCUUGCUUUUCUUCCCAUGUCAAUAUCCUCUUUCACAGCAAAUUUCUCCAGCAAACAAGACAACUGCAAGGCUGGCAGUGAUUAUUACUAUCUCAAUUCUCAAAAAUAAUGAUCCUCAUGAAUCUUUCCUAAGUGGCACUGCUAGGCUCAAUGUUCCUUUGCUAAUUGCUACAAUCCUUGCCUUCACCGUACGGCCAACGCAUGCACUUCCUUGUACCGCAUGCUGAUGGGAAUUUUCUGGGCUCUCCUGGCUGCCUCCUGCGUCUGUUUUGCAUUCACGGGGAUAUUCCAAAUAUCAACUGGUAGAUUGUUUUAUAGGUGCCAACCUUCGGAGAUAUGCCGACUUCCAACAGAGACAAGAGGGAUCUGGACUUCAAUGGAGGCAAGAGGAAACAGCAUGUGCCUUCUGAUUAUGGACUGGAAUGGACUGCACUCUUCCAGGCAUCUUUUUCCUUGAUUGCAUUUAUGGGUUUUGCUUGGUUAUAUACUGAUGAUAUAUGAGAUUGAGAUGCUACUAUUCAGCAAUGCCAGGAUCUACACUGUUCCUCUAGUUAUUGGGUUUCUGAAUUUUCUUUCCCCCUCCAAGAGGAGGAAGUGGAUUUUGGAUAGCCUUUGUUGCUGCAGAGAAAUGCUUCGUACUCUAGUACGUUGUGUUUACCUGGCGCACAGUUGCAAGAAGAUAAUGCAUACUCCACCUGUAGAUGGCUCAACGAAACUGAUCAUGCCUAUUUCUGUAACAUGACACAUGAAUACAUAUUUUCUGUUUGUAAUCUCUGUUAUUUGCAUGUUUUUAGAACCAAAAUAAUCGAGUAAAAUACUUGGGCA